AUGCAAAAAUUGCAACAGAAGGCACUGGGGCAGUGCACCAUAGACUCACAGGCCAAACCCUGUGGGAUUUGCAAGAAGAAGGGCCACAAAACCCUUGAGUGCAAGAACCUGAAAGAUGUAGUCUGCUAUGGCUGCAAUGAAAAAGGGCACAUCAAGAUAAAUUGCCCUAAGAAUGUGAAGAAGCCUGAUGAGGCUAAGAAGGGGAAUGUGAGGGCAUUCCAACUAAAUGUAAAGCAAGCAGUGAAUGAUGAAAAUGUUAUAAGAUGUACAUUCCUCAUAAAUGACAUUUAUGCUAGAGCUUUAUUUGAUUCAGGUGCAGAUAAGUCUUUUGUAGACCUUAAGUUUAGUCAACUAUUAAAUCUGCCCAUUAGAACUCUAGACAUUAAAUAUGAGGUAGAGCUUGCUGAUGGUUCCUUAGAAACUGCUUCAACUAUUCUUGAUGGAUGUUCUAUAUCCAUUAAGAAUCAUUCUAUUCCGUUAUCUCUUCUGCCAAUGAAAUUGGCAGGGUUUGAUGUAGUUCUGGGCAUGGAUUGGUUAUCACAUAACCAAGCCCGUACCGCCUGUGUAUCCAAGUGCUUGAAGAGCGGAUGUGUCAUCUACAUGGCACACGUGACAGUGGAUGAGCCAAAGCCCAAGAUAGAAGACAUUCCAGUAAUCUCUGACUACCCAAAUGUCUUUCCUGAUAAGCUACCUGGAUUACCUCCUGAGAGGCAAGUAGAGUUUAGAAUCGACAUCAUGCCAGGAGCAGCACCAGUUGCACGAGCUCCGUACCAUUUAGCACCAACUGAAAUGCAGGAACUAAGGGAACAAUUGGAUGAACUUUUGGAGAAAGGCUUUAUAUAG